AUGUAAAAUAAUUUACCUCUCUACGCAACAUGUAUAUUAUCUCCAGAUGGAAAUUCAGGAGUAAACGGCUUAGUUAAGCUUAUUUAAUAAGGAGAUUAUACAACUAUAACGGCUACAAUAAAUGGUUUGAAAAAAGGUUUACACGGUUUCCACAUUCAUUAAUUUGGAAAUUUAACAGAAGGCUGUAAAACAGCAGGACCUCAUUUUAAUCCUUUUAACAGCACUCACGGAGGACCACAAGAUACCGAAAGACACGUAGGAGAUUUGGGAAAUGUAGAAACAUUAGAAGAUGGAUAAACUACUCAUUUUAAAAUCGUUGAUAAACUUAUUAAAUUAGAUGGAUUAAAUUCUGUUUUGGGAAGAUCUUUUGUUAUACAUGCUGAUUAAGAUGAUUUAGGAAAAGGAAAUUUCGAAGAUUCAAAAACAACAGGACAUGCUGGUGCUAGAUUAGCUUGUUGCACUAUUGGACUUUCAGGUCCUUUCUGA